AUGGGGACAUUGUCAGAGGCAGAUCUCAACACUUGCCUUAAGACGCUCGAGUCAUGCGGGAGAGGAGCCGCCGAUGGCGACCGUGCUGACGAAUCACGAAUGCUAGAUGUCCUUAAGCAAUUGCAGAAAGGAUUGGUAACAGCAGAGCUGCUAAAGCGCACCAAUGCGGGAAAGCGCUUGAACAAGUUCUGCAAGCACAGCUGCGUGUCGGUCGCUCAGGCAGCCAAGGCCGCCGUGGAGGCGUGGAAGCAAUGCGUCAAGCAAGAGCAGCAGCAAAAUGAUGGUGGUGAAGCAGAAACGCCCGAUGCUGUCGCGCAGCGUGAGGCCCCUGCGUCUACCUCCCAACCUGGGUUGCGCGCCCCCCUGGCGCUGACGGGCAAGGCCUCCGCCAUGACUAGCGGUGUUGGAGCCGGGCAGCGUCCCACGUGCGCAUCCUUUAUUGUGGACCCUCCACGAUGUGGCAAUGACACCCGGGAUAAGGUCCGGGUCAUGCUCGCUGAGGCUCUGGCCGUAGGUUUCAAUUCAGGUGGCGCUGUUAUAGAGGAUGCACUACACGAAUUGUUGGCUGGUAGUGGGUCGUCGGUGAGUGGAGAGUAUAAAGCAAAGGCGCGGUCCUUGUGCUUCAACUUGAAGGACGCCAAAAAUCCCGACCUGAGGGAGCGGGUCCUCUCCGGCAGCAUACCACCAGAGUCGUUAGUGCGCAUGAGCGCAGAGGAGCUCGCCAGCGACGAGCAGAAGCGCAAAAACCGGGAGAUGAAGGAAUGGUUGGCUAAGGAAGCGACACGCGGCGUCAACAACGCGGCUACCACAGACAUGUUCCAGUGCGGCCGUUGCAAGCAGCGCAAGUGCACGUAUUAUCCCAUGACAACGUUCGUCACGUGUACCAACUGCGGGCAGCGCUGGAAAUUUUGCUGA